AGGUUGUUACAAAAUAAAAAUUGCGAGUGAAAUGAAUCAAACAAUUGCCAAUUUUUCCAAAUUUGUUAUAAAAUUUCCAUUGCUAUGGGAAAAUUUUCCUCUUCAUUAACCGUAGACAUGGUAAUUUUAGUCUGGUGAUUCGCAGUCUGUUGUUUUGCUGUGCAGAAUGAUAAAUAGUGAAACGUCCACGAACGCUAACAUGGCUUCCGUUUUAAAUUUUGACGCUUUACCGGUGGAGAAAAUGAAAUUGGAUACUCCUCCUUUGGAAGAAAUCAUUAAAGCUUUGAAUUCUAGGCUAAAAAAGAAUUUCGCUGUUGUGUCUGCCGAAGUUGUGGAUUGUCCGGAUUUAACCCAAGAACCGUUCAAUUUAGCUGCGAAAGGUCUAAAUGGAAACGUUUCCAUACUGGAUAUCGGAGGUCCACCGUAUUUACUACCACUUGUGCAGCGUGAAAAAGUUUAUGACAUGAGAACUAUCCCUAAAGUAAUAGGAGAAAAAGAAGUAUUUCUAAUCGGUGCCGGUGCUGGUCCAUGGAGACGAUUCGGCACUAACUGUGAGAUGAUCGUGAAUCUAGUACUUAACGAAAAUGAAGUUAAAAUUCCAUCAUCGCGAAUUUCCAGAAUGGUCGAAGGCAGUGAUAAACCUAAGCUUGAGGUGUUACCAGAUACAGAAACCACUUGUAGUUUAUUAGCUAAUCUUCAUUGUUCUAGAGGAGAGCCAGGAAAGGUGAUAAAAGUUCACUGUAAAAAACGAACUGGCGAAUUGAAUUUUCCCGUUGCGAUUCGAGACGCUCUAUCUGAAGCGUUUCCAAAUCAAGUCAUUGGUGUUGGUGGCGUAUUCGUUAUCGUCAAUGGAAAAGCGAAACAGCACGUAAUGCCUGAUUUUUCUAAAACUCCUAUUCUUGAUGACGAUGGAGUAAACGAAUGGCUUAAAUUUUUUGAGAUGUCUGCUCCUUUAUCAGCUGUUGGAACAUUGGUUUCGCAAGAUCCCGAUUUAGAUUUGAGGGUGAUACAUUUUCAUAGUUUUGGUAAAUGCGAAGGUGGUCAUUAUCAUUAUGAUACUACUCCUGAAGAUGUCGAGUACUUGGCUUAUUUUUCGCUGGGAAGAACUCUAUACAGGCUGGACAGGCCUAAAAGUGAUAGCAAAGUUGGAUUCGAUUGUACGUGUGUACUUUUUCUUGUGAUCAUGGAUACAACAACAGCGAGGGUGGAAAAUUUAAACGUGGAAAAAAUCAAUCUAAAAGUGCCUUCUUUACAAGAUAUUUCUAAAGCACUUUCGGACGGAUUCGCCAAAAAUUUUGCGGUAGUUGAUAUUGAUGUUGUAGAAUGUCCUGAUUUAACAUUGCCACCUUAUAAUCUUGCCUCCAAAGGUAUGGGAGGUGAUCCUGCCGUAGUUCAAGUAGGAGAUCCGACUAAUUUCAUCAAUAUAAAUUACAAAUUGUAUGACUUCAGAGAUGUACCAAAAACCUUGGGUGUAAAUUCGUCGCAUAUGUUCGGUGCCGGUGGAAAUUGUUGGUCGUCGUGCGGAUAUUUCGGCGAGAUGUGUGCCAAUGUAAAUGUAAAAGACGACCAAGUGCAGAAUUUCACAAAAGAUGUUCUCACCGAAGAUAAAACUUUGUCUGGAAUUAAAGUAAAACCAGUCGAUGUCAAUGAAACUAGAUUCUCAGUUAUCGGGAACCUGUUUUCCAGUCGCGGAUUACCCGGCAAAGUCAUUCGAAUUUCAUGCAAACAACGAACCGGCAAAGAUGAUUUUCCUACGACUAUCGUGAACUCGUUGAAUUCCGUAUUCACCGAUCCUAUAGCAUUAGGGGUGGUAUUUUUAUUGAAAAAUGGUAAAGCUGAAGUUCACGUUGCUCCUGAAACACCAGAAAAACCUUUCAAAAACUCUGACGAUUUAAUGAAGUGGUUUCUAUUACCUAUUGUUUCACCACCCUAUGUUGCUGUGGGAACUGUUUUAACUCGUAAUCCUCCUGGCUGGGGUGUUCAAACUUAUCAUUUUCACGGAUGCAAUGAUAAAGAAGGGGGUCACUUUCAUUUCGACGUUACUCCUGAUCAAGUGGAAUAUGAAGCUUACGUAGCACCGGCAGAGAUUCUUUGUACUAUUGAUAAAGCUCAAAAACCGCUAUCGUUGUUUGAUUAUGAAUUAUAACAGUUUCAAUCGUAUUUUGACAUUUGAUCAACGUGUUUAUUUUUAAAAAAUAAAUAGCAGUUUUGAUAAAAA